ACGAUGACAGGCGCAGAAAUUUGGACAAGUAGCGACCUCUCACCAUUUUGAAUGGACCUGAGAGAACGGGUUGCUACUCCGUUGAUAAUUGCUCGACAAUAAUAACGAUUGAAAGACAGCGGCAAAAGGAAGAAAGAAAAAACACGAAAACAUAACCUUCAACGUCCGGGUUGUGGCGGCAGAUCGACGUUAUUUUAAUCAAAGCGAUUUAGCGAACUCCAUCAGCCAUUGUUUGCAGGCUCGAGUCGCGAGUAGAAUGGACGAGGAGAUGGAUGCUGUGAACGAGGAAGCUUCUCCGGGAGAAGUCUCGAACGAAGAAGAAAUGGUAAUGAGUGAAACGGAGGAGAAAGCCGACAAGGAAGCGGCGGAGACCGAGUCCGAGAACGAAGACGACGACGACGACGACGACAACGAUGAGGAUGUUAACGAAGCGGAGGUAAAAGCCCUGGAAGCUUCCUUGUCGACGAACCCGUACGACUAUUCCAGUCAUGUGGCCCUGAUUAACAAAUUGCACACAAUGGGCGAGCUCGAUCGUCUGCGAACCGCCAGGAACAACAUGAGCAACAUAUAUCCGCUGAGCCCCGAGCUCUGGCUCGCGUGGUUAAGUGACGAGAUCAAUUUAGCGACCACCGAUGAACAAAAGGCUGAAAUAGUUAGGUUAUGCGAGCGAGCUACCAAGGAUUAUGUAUCUGUGGAAGUGUGGUUGGAGUAUCUGCAGUUCAGCAUCGGAUACAUGAGUAAGGAUGAGGAAGGGGUAGAGAAAGUUCGCCAACUCUUUGAACAUGCACUGACUGUUGUUGGAACACAUGUUACAAAAGGAGCAAUAAUAUGGGAAGCAUAUCGGGAAUACGAAAAUAUGAUAUAUAUUUCUCUAUUGCCAUUGGAAGAUGAUACCGAUAAUACAAGAAAGAAGCCUCAGUUGGAACGCAUUGUCAGUCUAUUCAAACGUCAAUUAUCUAAUCCUCUUUUAGAUAUGGAUAAAACAUAUGAGGAAUAUCAAUCAUGGUGUGCAAAAUAUGGUACAGAAAUAGAAAUUGAUGAGAAGUCCAUUUCAACAUGCUAUAAACAAGGCUUUGCAAAAUUAAAGUCAUUUCUUCCCUAUGAAGAGAAGCUUAUCUCUGCGCAUGGUCAAAGUGAACUGCUUGACGCUUACAAAGGAUAUUUACUGUACAUAAAACAGAAUGAUCCAGAUCUUGUUACAAUUUUGUAUGAAAGAGCAAUAACCGAUCUGAGCCUAGAGACAUCAAUUUGGUUGGAUUAUAUCACUUAUCUAGAAAAUGAAUCACGACUUGAGCGUGUAUUGAAUCCAAUUUAUCAAAGAGCAUCAAAGAACAUUCCUUGGUGCUCAACAGUUUGGCAAAAGUGGAUAAGAUCGUAUGAGUGCUGGGACAAACACAUAUCGGAAAUACAAAAAAUAUUGGAGAAUGCUUUGUCCGUUGGUUUUUCAACGGCGGAAGAUUAUCGCAAUCUGUGGAUUAUAUAUCUCGAGUGUUUGCUGCGUAAACUCGAGCAGUAUCCCGAUGAAGAGAUCGAGAAACAUUUAGAUGUUAUUCGUAAAACGUUUAACAGAGCGUGUGAGCAGCUGGCAAAAUAUUUUGGUCUGGAAGGCGAUCCCAAUUGCGUUAUCUUGCAAUAUUGGGCGAGAUUUGAAACGAUACACGCAGAUAAUAUGGAACAAACUAGAAGAUUAUGGGCUGAUAUUCUUUCACAGGGGCAUUCUGCAACAGCUUCUUACUGGAUGGAAUAUAUAGUGUUAGAAAAAUCUUAUGGAGAUUCAAAGCAUCUAAGAAAACUGUACCAGAAAGCAUUGAAUGCCACACAAGAUUGGCCAGAAAGUAUAGCGAAUUCGUGGAUCGAUUUUGAGCGUGAUAAGGGAACUUUGGAGCAGAUGGAGUUCUGUGAAGCAAAAACAAAGGAGAAGCUUGAUAAAGUUAUGAUAGAAAGGCAAAAAACACAACAAACUAUUUCUCAGAGUGAGUCAUCCAUGCAAAUUAAGAAAGCAAAUAAGAGAAAAGUGGAUGAUGGCAGGUGGAAAAAUUUAGGAGGUUCCCCAUCGAAAAUCGUCAAAAAUGACGAACGAACGAAACCAAAAUUACGACCAAGUAUCUUGAAUAUUGACAGUAAAACGACAAAUGAUCAGGAGAAGUCGAAAUCAGAAGUUGUACCACCGCCUGGUUAUAAAGCGACCGAGGAUAAAGAUAAGGAUAAUAAAGAUAGCCAGCACGAGGUAGAUGAUAAUAUUACAGUUUUUGUGAGUAAUUUAGAUUACACGACGACCGAAGACGACGUAAGAGAUGUUCUAAAACCUGUUGGACCGAUAACGUUAUUCAGAAUGAUUACGGAUUAUAAGGGACGCAGCAAAGGAUUUUGCUAUGUACAAUUGAGUAGUGUAGAAGCUGUGAAAGAAGCGCUAAAGUUAGAUAGAACGCCUAUAAAAGGACGUCCUAUGUAUGUUUCAAAAUGCGAUUCUAACAAGAGUACUAGAGGUCCAGUAUUUAAAUACAAGUGUACACUUGAAAAGAACAAACUCUUCGUUAAAGGACUUCCACUUACGACAACAAAAGAAGAAUUAGAAGAGAUAUUUAAAAUUCAUGGGGAUCUGAAGGAAGUUCGCCUAGUUACUUACCGUAAUGGUCACUCGAAGGGCUUGGCUUACGUUGAGUAUCACGACGAAGCUACCGCUGCGAAAGCCCUUUUGAACACAGAUGGGAUGAAGAUUGAGGACAAAGUGAUUAGCGUUGCGAUAAGUCAACCGCCCGAUCGUAAGAAAACCCAAAUGGAAGAAAAUGGAGGACAGACGAAGUCACUAGGCGGAACGUCGACGAGUCGUACGGCAUUUGGCGUGCCUAAGACUUUAUUGUCUAUGGUUCCCCGUAAUGUUAAAACGAGUAGCAGUAAUGGUAGUGCAGCUCCGGAUAAAAAUACACAGAUGAGUAAUCAGGAUUUCAGGAAUAUGUUUCUCAAUAAAAAAUAACUUGCUGCAUUAUAUGAUCAUGUCUUCUCGGUCUAUUGAUAUCACAUUAAUUUCGAAACUUAUAUCAGCUACGCAUAUAAAAUAUUAAAAAACUUACAUGUUAGUAAUACUGUUACAGUGAAUGGAUCUGCCAUUGAAAAUUCAUCUGGCAAAAGUGCGUUAUAUAUUACGAUAUACAUGUGCCGUUAAAAUAUUAAAUGUGCAGUAACUACAAAAUUUUGUACGUUAAAAACUUUAACGUAUAAAUUGUAAUGUUAUUAAUUAUGUAUACUUAUAUAUUUCGGUGCUUUACUUUAAAAAAUUUUUUUUUCUACACGUGUGUAAAUGUACAUUAUUUUUUUCUAAAAGAUUUUAGAUUCUAAGAGAUGCCACAAUCUGUAAAGAUAGGCAAUUACUAAUUCAGUAUUAAUCAAUCUAAACUGUUGAUACAAAUCAAUCUUUGCGUUUCAUGUUAAGAUAUAUGAAGGAAAAAAUAUAUCACAAGAUAAGCGAUUAUAUAAAAUAAA